AUGUACAUAUCGCUACAUCAAGAAGCUCAAUGUCAAAGUCUAUGCAGAUUAAACCUUGUUUUCAUUCUUUGGAUCUCAGCAACAUUCAUGUGCUCGAGUUACCCAGUUGUCCCUUCCCUGAGGAGUAAUCCUUUUUAUUUGAAUUGCCAGCUCUAUGGGAAAUCUGAUUACUGCCUCAUGCUGCUGAAUAGCUGCUUAGCUAAGGUGGACAGGAGCAAAGAGCGGCCUUUCCUGAAGCCUUACCCGGAGCCACCUUUCAACAAGAGGUCCUUUCGCAACGGUGUCGGAUCAGGAAUUAAAAAAACUUCCUUUCGAAGAGCAAAGUCAUAA